CCACAGAACGAGCGAAGGGAAUCAAGAUGGCGGACCUCGAAGACGUUACACUGGACGGGAGGCCGCUGCAUUCGCUCCGGGUGGCGGAUUUGAAAGCGGCAUUGGAAGAAAGAGGGCUUCCAAAAAGCGGACAGAAGAAUGCACUCAUCAAGAGGCUCAAAGGGGCUCUCAUGUUGGAGAACCUUCAGAAAACCUCUACUCAACAUAUUGGCCUGCAGCCUAACUCAAGGAUUGGGGAGGAAAUGAGUCAGAACAGCUUCAUUAAACAGUACCUGGCCAAACAGCAAGAGCUUCUCAGGCAGCGGUUGGAGAGAGAAGCACGGGAGGCAGCUGAAACUGAUGGAACAGACCAUGAAGACCACACAGAGGCAAAUGACAGUAAUUGUGCUGCCCCUAACCAGGAUGUUGCUCCCUCUUUAGUUGACCAACACAAAGGAGGUACAGCAGUGUCUGGGGGAUUUGGGGUGACUGGAAGUGAGAGUGAUGAGCUCACAGACAAAGAAACCCCUGGGCAGCCGUCCCCCUCCACACCUGCCAAGCCUUGCGCAAUAGCCUCUUUAUCUGUGCAUGUUGUUGAUGAAAGAGGACCAACUUCAAGCCAUGUACCAGCUGACAGUGAUGAUGACGGUGAAGGCGGGGAUGACAAUGAUGACGAUGAGGAGGACUGGAACGCCAAUGUUCAACGGAGUCGUCGAGCACAGCCUCCAAAAAGCCAACCGGUGAGGGAAAGAUCUGGUAGCUCACAGCAACAGCAGCAGCCACCCCCCCAACACAUACCUUUACUUUCACAGCAGCUCAGACAGCCCACUCCUCCUCCAUCCCCUCCUCCUGAACUCUCUUUUCCACUCCCAGACACACCUAAACAGAGCCCACCUAGUCCUGGAGAGCCCCCGUCUAGGCAGCGCAUAUCUAGUUCUUCAAGCUCUGGUAGUUCAAGUAGUGACAGCCGUAGCAGUAGCCCUGAACCAGCAGGCGACUCCACAGAACGCAGACCAGGCCCACUGACCUUACUGGCACGCAAGAUGGAGUCUGAGGGAGCUUUCUCUGGGGCAGGAAAGCAUGAUAGGGAGGGAAUGGAUGGACAGAGAAGCCACCAUGGGGGGGUUGUGUCUGCAAUUAUGCACACAGCUAAUGCAGCUUCAGUUUUGUCAUACCCUAGUUCAGUGAUCUCAAACCAAGGUGUUGGUGUGGUUAGGUCAGUGAUGGUGGAAAAGAGUGAUGGAAUGAAGCAGGUUGAGGGUAGCCAUCUUUUAUGGGAGCAAGAAAAAAAAAAGAGGGAAAGACCACGAGAACAACAGAGACAGCUGAAAGCCCUAGAAAAGGAGAAGGCAUUGGAAGAAGAGCGAGCACAAGUUUUGGAACGGGAAAGACAGGAACAAGAAGAAGCUCUGAAACGGGAGAGGGCUUUACAGCGAGAAAGGGUAGAGAAAGAAAAGGCCUUACAGCAGGCGAGGGAAGAGAAAGAGAAGCUUGAAAGAGAACAAGCUUUGGAAAGAGAGCGAGUGUUAGAGCGAGAACGAUUCGAGAGAGAACAAGCUCUGGAACGAGAGAGGCAAAAAAAGGAGCGACUGGAGAGAGAGAGGCAGGAAGCUUUAGAGCGGGAGAGUUUAGAGAGAGAGAGGCUGGAAAAAGAAAGACAAGAAAGAGAACAAGCCUUAGAGAGGGAGAGACUCGAGAAAGAAAGACUUGAGAAAGAAAGACAAGAACGAGAACAAGCUCUAGAGAGGGAGAGAUUGGAAAGAGAGCGGCUUGAGAAGGAAAGACAAGAACAAGAACAAGCUCUAGAGAGGGAGAGAUUGGAAAGAGAGCGGCUUGAGAAGGAAAGACUAGAAAGAGAACAAGCUCUAGAGAGGGAGAGAUUGGAAAGAGAGCGGCUUGAGAAGGAAAGACAAGAACGAGAACAAGCUCUAGAGAGGGAGAGAUUGGAAAGAGAGUGGCUUGAGAAGGAAAGACUAGAAAGAGAACUAGCUCUAGAGAGGGAGAGAUUGGAGAGAGAGCGGCUUGAGAAGGAAAGACUAGAAAGAGAACAAGCUCUAGAGAGGGAGAGAUUGGAGAGAGAGCGGCUUGAGAAGGAAAGACUAGAAAGAGAACAAGCUCUAGAGAGGGAGAGAUUGGAGAGAGAGCGGCUUGAGAAGGAAAGACUAGAAAGAGAACAAGCUCUAGAGAGGGAGAGAUUGGAGAGAGAGCGGCUUGAGAAGGAAAGACUAGAAAGAGAACAAGCUCUAGAGAGGGAGAGAUUGGAGAAAGAGCGGCUUGAGAAGGAAAGACUAGAAAGAGAACAAGCUCUAGAGAGGGAGAGAUUGGAGAGAGAGCGGCUUGAGAAGGAAAGACAAGAACGAGAACAGGCAUUAGAAAGGGGGAGACUCGAGAAAGAAAGAGUUGAGAAAGAAAGACAAGAACGAAAACAAGCUCUAGAGAGGGAGCGAUUGGAAAGAGAGCGUCUUGAGAAGGAAAGCCAGGAACGAGAGAGGCAGGAAAAAGAACAAGCUCUAGAGAGGGAGAGGCAGGAGAAAGAAAAGCAAGAAAGAGAGCAAGCUUUGGAGAAGGAGAGACUGGAAAGGGAAGCUGCUUUGGAGAAAGAGAGACAAGAAAUGGAGAGGGCCAAAGAACAGGAAAGGCUGGAGAAAGAGAAGGCUUUGGAAAGAGAACGGCUUGAAAGAGAAGCCACUCUCGAACGCAAAAGGCAAGAGCAAGACAGAAUUGAGAAAAAGAAAGCUUUGGAAGAAGAACGGUUGCAGAAACAACGAGCUCUUGAGCAUGAUAGGGAAGUACAUAGGAAAGCAGAGGAAGAGCGAGAGCUAGCUUUGGAAAAAGAGAGGGAAGAGCAGGAGAGGGCUUUAAAAGAAGACCAACUGAGAGCCUUGGAGCCAAAAAGAGUCCAGGAGGAAAAAGAAACGGCUUUGAAACAUAAAAAAGAGCAGGAACGGGAGAAAGAAAGAGAAAGUCGUCUUCCUAUGUUGAAGCGUGGUCGUGAUAUCGGUGGUCUUUCCUAUCCAGUGCCCCAUGCUGCUUCUCUGGAACAUCCAACAGAGAAGCCCGACGAGAGUGAGACCGGUGAACCUAAGAGCACUGGCAAAAAUGCUGGAUCUACAGAGCCUGUCCCACAGCAGUCACCCAUAGCUGCAAAACAACUGUCUCCUCAAUCUUCUUCUAAGAAGUCCCGCUUCCUUAGAGAUGCACCUCUGACAACUCUCCCAUCCUCUCCAACUUCUGUGCUGAAGAGACCUCGCACUUUCUCAGAUAGCCCAAUGCCACAAGCCAUGUCAAUUCCAUUAACGUUGAAAUCUAAGGAAAAAGAUGCCGCUCAGGUCCGUCAAACAUCAGUCCUUGUUUCAGCACCUCAUGAGCUUGAGAGCAAAACCCUCAAAGUGUCUGCCCAAACGCAUGCACCACAGGAGGAAGAGAAGAUGGAGACAUCAGAGGAUAGUGAGGCAAGCAAAGACAAUAAACGUAAGACAGUCAGAAGAGUUGAGGAUAAGGAGAGAUCUCCUUUACCACCUCCAGAGGAGAAGAAAAGAGGAAGGGUAAGGGAAAAGAAAGAGGUGGAGAAGAAAGUCAUUCAGUCAUCAUCCUCCAGCGAUUCGUCUUCAUCAGAUUCUGAUUCUGGGUCUUCAUCCUCCUCACACUCCUCCAGUUCAUCAUCAUCAUCAGAGGAGGAGAAAAGUCAUUCGACUUCAGAUGGUAGGAAGUCUAAAGUGGUCCAGAAAGAUUCAUCUCGGGCCACGAAAAAACUUGGUCAAACUGUGGCUGAAAAGCCUCCAACCACCCAACGCAAAAAAAUUGUCUUCACAGAGCAGGAAGAAAAAGACAUGGGCAAUGAGGAUGUCAUACAAACCAAGAAACCCUGCCGUGAACUACAAGAUGAGAAGGAAACAAGGGUAAGAAAGGACGAUAUCGAUGAAGAUGACACUAACAAAGACACUACCAGUAUCGAGGUGAAGGAGGCUGUCAUGGCGGAGCCUGAGAAGGUUCUAGAGAGCAGUGAGGAGAGCACCACGCCAAAGACCUUCUCGGCCCGAAGGAUUUCUCUCGGCAGCAGCAAACCGUCUCCUGGGGUGGUGAGUUCGGAGGGAGAAGCGGAGGCCGCAAGCAGUGCUGGUGCUGGCAGGAAAAGAAGAUGGGGCUCCAGUACAGCUGUCACUGCCAAGAAACCCUCCAUCAGUAUCACCACAGACUCUCUGAAGUCUUUAAUACCAGACAUCAAGCCUGCUUUGGGUCAGGAGGCUGUGUUAGACCUGCAUCCGGAGGAGAUCCAUCUCUCUGGGGACGAGGACGGAGGAGAGAGGGGAGACCAAGACCUGAAAAUUAGGCGAACUGUAACACAGGUUGUGCCCUCUGACACACAAGAGAAUGGACAGAAAGAAUCUAAAAGAAGUGAGGAUGAGGAAAAAAGAAGUGAAGGGCAGAAUAGGAUGAGCCAAGAGGAAAAGAUGGAAAGCUCCAUUCAGGUUUCCAUGGAGACAGAUCCGUUGUCCCCCGGGCGAGACGUCGAUAUAAAAACAGUCACUCCCAGUGACACACUGAUUCGGCGUUCCAUUAGCCAGCAGAAGUCGGGUGUGAGUGUCACCAUCGAUGACCCAGUCCGCACAGCCAAACAACCCUCUCCUCCUCAUGGCAAGAUGUCUAACAUUGUCCAUGUCUGCAACCUGGUGAGGCCAUUUACGCUGGGGCAGUUGAAGGAGCUGUUGAACCGCACAGGGACUGUAGUGGAGGAAAGCUUCUGGAUUGACAAGAUUAAAUCUCACUGUUACGUUACAUACUCUAGUGCAGAAGAGGCGAUGGCCACUCGUACAGCUCUACAUGGGGUUAAGUGGCCCCAAAGUAACCCUAAAUUUCUCAGUGUUGACUUCUGCACACAAGAAGAGUUGGACUUCCACAGGGGUUUGGGUCCAGCAGGCGAAAAGCCAACAGAGGAGUCUCGUGGGGCGGUAGCUGCUGGGCCUGGCCGUCCCGUACCCCCUCCUCUCCUACCAGAGCGUGAUCAGUGGGCAGAACGAGAAAGGGAAAUGGAAAGGAGGGAGAGAGCACGUGCAGAAAGGGAAUGGGACAGAGAUAAAGUGAGAGACUUCAGCAAACCUGGAGAGGAGCGUGAAGCUGGGGCCAGAAGAUCACGUUCACGAGAUCGUGAAAGGCGGCGCAAGGAAAGGGGGAAGAGCAAAGAGAGGAAAACCGAUAAGAAGGAAAAAGCAGCAGAGGAUCCACCUGCUAAACUGCUGGAUGACCUCUUCCGCAAAACCAAAGCGGCUCCAUGCAUUUACUGGCUCCCCCUCACUGAGGAGCAGGCAGCACAGAGGGCAGCAGCUCGUGCUGAGCGCAUGAGGGAAAGAGAGAAGAGGAGGAAGGAGAUGGAAGAGGAGGAUAAGAAACGUGAGGAGGAACAGCGAGAAAAGGUGAAGACUAGCGUGCCCACCGGAGGGGAAGGUGAACGAGACCGUGACCGAGAACGAGAUCGAGACAGAGGUCGAGAAAGGGAGCGAGAGGGGGAUAAACGGAAGGAGGGAUACCGUAGGCCUGGUGGAAACAGUGCAAGCGGGAGCAGGAGGUCACGAAGCUGCAGCGACCCUCCACCAAGAGAACGACGACGCUAAGGGAAGUCUGGAACUCUCCACUUUGUGACCCCUGUUCCUGUAUUUGCUGUAACAGCUCUAUGCCUACCGUCCUGAGGACCAACUUAGACUUUAUAAAAACACACUCAUUCACACACUUUCUGCGUAAAGACACACGGGUGCACUCACACACACUGGGACCACGGUGGUGCUGUGUCUCCAUGUAGACUUGUCUCAUUGUCUCUUGAUUGAACUUUAAGACCCCUGGUGUUCAUUUCUCUGCCACAGUGUUAAUGGACUUCCGGUAUAAGUGGGUUGGACUGCAGGACAUCCUCCAGGUUUGGUGACACCCUCUUUCUCCUUCAGUGUAGUCAACACAGAACUUAAAGAGUGAUGUUUGAUUCAGAAAGUCAUGUUCUGAAAGGCUUUGGUGUGAUUUAAGUCCUGAUCACUACUUUGCGUUUUCCUCUUGUUUUCCUCAUUCCUUGUAACGUUUUUUGUUUUGGUGCCCAAUUUUCUGUCUUUGUACCACCUUUUUGCUGUUACCAGGUUGCCAUAGAGAAUGGGAUGCAUAUUUAACCUUUUCACAUUUGGUUUUAAAAACAUUUUUUUAUUAUUGUUUUAGCAUAAAAGCUGACAUUUUGUUUUCUUAAUUUUUUGUUUACUCCUGUAAGUGAUGAAUGUACAAAUAAUAAAAAGGUUACAUCUAAGAACUGAAAACAAGUUCUUUCUUUGUU